AUGGAGCACAGCAUCUCCAUUUCAGCACAUCCUGCGUGGUCCGGGGCUGUGCUCAGCCCCUUCCUGCCCGCGGAGGAGGAAGAAAGCAGGCCGCCUAGGCGGUGCGAGCGCGUCAGGCGCGACGUCGACCCCGAGGAGGCCUGGCUGGUGCUGGGCGAGCUGGGCGAUGGUGCCUUCAGCAAGGUCUUUAAGGCGCAGAACAAGGUGACGGGGGCUUUGGCGGCCGCCAAGGUGAUCGAGACCCCGAGCGAGGAGGAGCUGGAGGACUACGUGGUGGAGAUCGAGAUCUUGGCUUGCUGCGACCACCCCAACAUCACCAAGCUGCUGGACGCGCUCUACUGGGACGGGCGGCUCUGGAUCCUGGUGGAGUUUUGUCCUGGAGGGGCCGUGGAUGCGGUGAUUUUGGAGCUGGAGAAGGGGUUGACGGAGGAGCAGAUCCGAGCGGCUUGCAAGCAGCUGCUGCUGGCACUGCAGUACCUGCACGGCUGCAAGAUCAUCCACCGGGACGUGAAGGCUGGCAACGUCCUGCUCACCCUCGAUGGGGACGUCAAGCUGGCUGAUUUUGGUGUCUCGGCCAAAAACUCCAGCACCGUCCAGCGCCGAGUGUCCUUCAUCGGCACCCCGUACUGGAUGGCCCCGGAGGUGGUGCAGUGUGAGACGUCCAAGGAGAGCCCCUAUGGCUACAAGGCUGACAUCUGGUCACUGGGCAUCACGCUGAUCGAGAUGGCCGAGAUGGAGCCCCCCUACCAUGAGCUGAACCCCCUCCGGGUGCUGCUGAAGAUCGCCAAGUCCCAGCCGCCCACCCUGCGUCACCCCAAGAGGUGGUCUGAAGACUUCAAGGACUUCCUGAGGAGAUCCUUGGAGAAGAGCCCCGAGGCGCGGUGGUCGGCCAGCCAGCUCCUGCAGCACCCCUUCGUGGCGGGCAUUUUCCCUGGGCAGGAGCAUGGAGAGUCCCCCUGCCCCCCGAUGCCAGGGGGUCCCCUGGAGCAUCACCCCCCAGACGCCGUGGGGAGCGUCCGCGAGGAGCUGGGCACCCUAUCUGAUGUCCAGGCAGUGGCAGAGCCCAAGACCAAGAGAGCGUCUGACUUCUUGAAGCAAAUGAGGAGGAGGUCCUCACCCGAGCCCGUGGGCUCCGUCAGGCUCCCUGCGAAGAGGCCGUCUGAGUUUCUGAAGCUGAUGCGGCGCAGGUCGUUUUUUGGAGGGAUGAAGUCCCAAGAAACAGCGAAGGAGCAGCGUCGGGCAGCGCCAAGUGCGUUGGAGAUCAUGGUGCUGGAUGCUCCUCAAAGGACAUCAGUUGCAGCAGAGGCAGGAGGAGAAGCUCACGGGUGUCGAGAGGAGGAGACCAGCCCUCUGGGGACCCCCUGCAAUGUGGCUGAGCUCCCCUCGGGGCCACAGCAGGCAGGAGACCUUGCUGAACUGCGAGAGCUGAAGGCAGAGCGGGUUGGACCCAAGGAAGAGCCCCAGGAGGAAAGCCAACGUGCUGACACAUCACCGGUGGCCAAAGCACCCACGGAGGGACAGCUUGCAGCCCAACCAAGCCCCAUUUUGACCCUCAAAAGUGACACAAAAAAGGAGUCAAGUAGAGAGCCUACUUGGAACUCACUGGCCCUACCUCUACCCACGGAUGGGGCCUGGCCCAGACCCAGGGGCUGGGCUGUGGGGCAGCUGGUGGCAGCCCUGGACCUGUGGACCACGGGGACCAAACCCCAGAGCUUCAAGUCACUGGCAAAGCAUCAGCACCAGGUUACUCAAUCGUUGCUAGACCUGAAGGUUGAUGUUGGCUCCACCAAGGCUGAAGAUGGCCUUGGGAAGGAUGGCAGUGGAGCAGGGAGGGCACCCAUGGGACCUGAGGGUGCUGGAGAGCCUGGGGACACUGAGCUGGUGGAAGUGAGGGUGCCACAGGCUGAAGAAUCGCUGACACCCAGUGUGAUGGAGGAGGUAGUGGUGGGGUCAGACGUUCUCAAGGGGUGGCAGGUGCCUCUGGCUGGUCUGGGAGAGGCCGGAGAGAGGAACAACAGAGAGAGAAACUCAGCCGGGUGCGAGUCCAUUGCUGGCCCCCUGGACGUGGUCAAGCGGGAGGUGGGGAGGAGUGAGGAGGAAGCCACAGACAAGGCUGAAACUGCUGGGGUGGAAGCAUCUCCUGAGGAAGCCCUGGUGCCAGCAGAAAUGAAAUUGGAAGAGGAUGCUGUCAAAGAGUGUUUGAUUGGAAACUGUCAACUGGCGGGAGAUGCAGCCAGCCUGGGGGAACCGAUGCUGGCAGGAGAAGAACUGCAGGCAGCCUCUGCAGUAUGUGCAGGAGAGGGACCUGCAAGUGAAGAGGCCCAAAGUUCAGCAGAGGAUAUGUCUCCUGUGGAGAUCCCGGGGCCUGUUGAAGAUGAAACAGAAGAGAAAAUGGAAAACAGCCCCAGAGACGACCAGCCAGGAGCUGCUCAUGGGAACGGCUGGAAAGGACAAGAUGGAAAUGAUGGAGAGCUUGGAGAAGAAGGGGUGCAGGUUGCUCCAGCUUCUGAAGGGCCAUCAAGAGAUGGACCUGGAGAGGAGAUGGGUGGCUUAGAGGGUCAUGAAGCAGUGCCAGAGCCCCAGGAGGUCCUUGGUGGACAUCCAAAAGCCACAAAGACCGUGAGCUUUGACGCUGCUCUUGUCCGCACCUCUUCCCAGGCGCGGGCAGUGUGGGAAGAACAUGCCUCAUUCCAAAGGAUGGUCAAGAAAACCCGGAGGUUUGUGGUGGAUGGGGAGGAGGUGAGCGUGACGACCGCCAGGACUGUCGGCAAGGCUGCGGCAAGGGAUGAGAUGGUACGCUCGGCUCGGCGCCAGGAGCUCCGUGAGCUGCGAGUGCUACAGAAGGAAGAACAGCGAGCUCAGAGCCAGCUGGAGCAGAAGCUCCACCAGCAGCGGGAGCAAAUGUUUCGUCACAUUGAGCAGGAGAUGAUGAGCAAGAAGGAGUUUUACGACCGGGAGGUGGAGAGCUUGGAGCGGCGCUACCAGCAGCUGAAGGAGCGCCAGGAGCUCGAGUACACGGUGAGGCUGCGAGAUGAGGCCAAGCGCCUCAAGUCCCUCCAGGAGAAGGAUUCUGGGAGGAGGAUGCAAGAGCUCAAGGGCAAUGGGAGAGAGGAGCAGCGGUUCCUGCAGCAGCAACAGGAGGAACUCAAUGCAGCCCUGCAGAAGGUGGUCCAGGAGCACAAGAAGAAGAUGACAUCCAUCAACUGGGAGUGCAUCAGCAAGAUCCAUAGCCUCAGGAGAGCCCGUGAAUCGGUGGUGUGGAGCAUGGAGCAGGGGCACCUGCAGGAGAAGUACCAGCUCUUCAGGCAGCAGGUGAAGGACCAGCAUGCUCUGCAGAGGCAGCAGCUCCGCAAGCGCCACGAGAAGGAGAUGGAGAGGAUGAACCGCUUCCACCAGCUCUUGCUGGAGGAUCUGAGGAGCCAGCAGGUGCAGGAGCGGGCUCAGCUGCUGAAAAGCCAGCGCUGCGAUGCCAAAAUCCGCCUGGCCGUCUUCAAGGAGAACCUGAAGGUCCAGGAGGCUGACGGGGCCAAGCAGAGGGAGAGGGCCAAGCAGUUCCUGCAGCAGGAGGAGAAGCGCGAGAAGAUGGACCUCUUGGCAGAGCAGGAGAGGAGGCAGCUGGGGCGGUUGGACCAGGAGCACACCAUGGAGCUCAGCGAGUGGAAGCAACGGCUGGCUGUGCGCAAGGAGGAGCUCUACUGA